AGAGACAGACACACUCAGAGAUCUGCACUCACUGGCAGCCAUGGACACCUCUUCGAUCCUCAUUGUGUGCAUUCUGGUGACAUGUUCAGUAUGGACAAUCCACGGCAGAAGCAUCGAGGUCAACAUUGAUGAUCAGGAGCCGGGGGAAAUGGAAAUCUCUGUGGAGGCUGGAAAGCUUCCAGGUGUGUGCUGGGCCUGCGAGUGGACUUUAAAUAAGGUGAAGAAAGUGGUCGGACGUAACGCCACAGCAGAGAAACUGAAGUCAAAGCUGAUGGCCGUCUGCAACGAGAUUGGCCUCUUAAAAUCGUUGUGCCGCAAAUUUGUCAAGUCACACCUCUCAGAUUUAAUCGAGGAGCUCACGACCACGGAUGAUGUGCGGACCAUCUGUGUCAACGCCAAAGCCUGCAAGCCAAAGGAGUUGUUGCACCAAGUUUAUCAAAGUGACGAUGGGGGUGUUCAAAUACAAAUUAAUGAAUAUCCCGAGGGUCGCAUGCAUGGAUGAAUAAAACAAUAUAAACCAGAAGUGCUUGUGGUAGUGACCGAAUCACGAUAAAUUAGCUUUCAGCUUUAUUUCUCUCACUGCAUUUACUUUCUCUUGUACCUUUACUUUUUCUUUGAAAUGCCUGUAAUGUGAUUUGCAAUUUCUGUAUCUGUGCACAAAUGAUCCAAAUAAAUGUUUGCAUUUCAAA